UGGCGGGAAACCAAAGCUGAAAACCUAAAUGAGCUGAAGCAACACUUGAAAGAAGAAUAGAGCAAAGUUCCUCCACCAUGUGGUGAGAAAUGGGUCAUGCUUAGAUGGAUUUUUGGACCAUACUUUUGCAGCAAUGUAGGAUCUUCUGCUCUGGUUUGGAGUUUAAAAGGUCAGUAUGUAAACUGAGGCCCUGCAGCCAUCUGAUGAUGUCAGAGAGGUGUUGAUAGGCUUUGUUCUUGAGAAUAUGAGACAGGAAAAAGUCUUUGUUCAGCUUUUGUUAGACAGAAUGACAUGUUUUGCUUUUGUUUUCCAGUUUAAUUCAUUUCUGCUCAUUUAUUUUCUCUGAAUGACUUUCAGUGUUUCUUUGUGUCUUUGCAGGCUGAAGAUGCAAAUCUGUUCCUUUUUUUUCAUGUCAUCUAUUUUUUUCAUUUCCCCCUACAGCUCCCUCCGGUCAUUCCAUGGGAAAAACUUUUCCUACGGUCCUGGGAGAAAUCCAGUUAUUUUAGGAAAAUACGUCACUGCUUUGAGCUGCAGCCCAGAAACUCUGCCUCAUUUCCACCAGCUUUGCUUCUUUUCUCCCUGUCUGGACUUGUUGCGCGUUGUUUACCUCCCCGUCAGAGUCACGCUGCUCCCAAACUGUACAAUACAGUAACGCUCCUCUCCAUGUUCGUCCCCGUUUUCAUGCCCGGUGCAACACGCCUGCGGCAGCGCACGCGGCUCAGACGUGACACAUCUCACCAGCCGUGCCCAACUUGUGGAGCAGCUUGGCGGCAUUCAGGGCUGUUGAGAAAACGAGGUUCGGUCUUGAAGCGUGACAUUGCAGCGCAUCUUCUCCUUGCACCCCCCUCGCCCCUUAUUUCUCCGUCAUGGAUGGAUGAAAGAAUGAAUGAAAAGAGGAAAACGAAGCGCUAAGCCACAGUGAGAGCGUGCUCAACACGUCAGCUCGGGGAGGGCAAAGCCUGCUUAAAAUGCAGUGAAUGUGACAGCCGAGCCGAUAGUCCAGACUACAGCGGAAAGGUGAGCGUGGAGAGGUGGGGGCACUAACAUGCCAACGGUACGAGCUUACCCGCAGACGUGACAAAGAAAAGAAAAGAAAAGAAAAGAAAAGAAAGAAAAAAAAGAGGAAGACACGCGGAGACGCUCAGUUGGUUUCCUAAGACGCGCGGAGGUGUCGGAGGGGGAACAGAGAGGACUGAGGUGCGGGAAGCGUCGCCCUUGUCUGGGGGGGAAAGAUGACAGUGGUGCCCGGAGAGAACCUGGAUGAGACUGUGGCACUGGCCGCGCUGUCAGUCCAGGAUGUGUACGACCCGGAGAGAGCCGAGAACCAGGAGUGCUGCGAGCGGGUGGUCAUCAACAUCUCCGGGCUGCGCUUCGAGACGCAGCUGAAGACGCUCGCCCAGUUCCCCUCCACCCUGCUGGGGGACCCGCGCAAGAGGAUGCGCUUCUUCGACCCGCUGAGGAACGAGUAUUUCUUCGACAGGAACCGACCCAGCUUCGAUGCCAUCCUCUACUACUACCAGUCCGGGGGGCGUCUCCGGAGACCCGUCAACGUGCCGGUGGACAUUUUCAUGGAGGAGAUCAAAUUUUAUGAACUGGGCGAGGAGGUGAUUGAGAAUUUUAAGGAGGACGAGGGGUUUAUUAAGGAGGAAGAGCGGCCGCUGCCAGAGAACGAGUUCCAGCGACAGGUUUGGCUCCUGUUCGAGUACCCGGAGAGUUCCGGACCCGCCAGAGGCAUCGCCAUAGUCUCCGUGCUGGUCAUCCUCAUCUCCAUCGUCAUUUUCUGCUUGGAGACUUUACCUGAGUUCAGAGAGGAGGCUAGAACGAUUGACGAGCUGUUGGUUGUGAACGGAACCGCGCGUGCAAAGAAGCCAAACCCGUUUACAGAUCCCUUUUUCAUCGUGGAGACGCUCUGCAUCAUCUGGUUCUCCUUCGAGCUGCUGGUCAGGUUCCUUGCAUGCCCGAGCAAGCCCGCGUUCUUCAAGAACAUCAUGAAUACCAUCGACAUCGUGGCCAUCAUGCCCUACUUCAUCACGCUGGGGCUCGAGCUGGCGGAGCACCAGGGGAACGGGCAGCAGGCCAUGUCGCUGGCCAUCCUGAGGGUCAUCCGUCUGGUCCGGGUUUUCCGGAUCUUCAAGCUCUCCAGACAUUCCAAAGGGCUGCAGAUCCUCGGUAAGACACUGCAGGCCAGCAUGAGGGAGCUGGGACUGCUUAUAUUCUUCCUCUUCAUCGGGGUCAUCCUCUUCUCCAGCGCGGUGUACUUCGCAGAGACCGAUGACCCGGAUUCGGGCUUCAGCAGCAUCCCAGACGCGUUCUGGUGGGCGGUGGUGUCCAUGACAACAGUGGGCUACGGGGACAUGUGCCCGGUCACCAUCGGGGGUAAGAUCGUGGGCUCCCUGUGCGCCAUCGCCGGGGUGUUAACCAUCGCGCUUCCGGUGCCGGUCAUCGUGUCCAAUUUCAAUUACUUCUACCAUCGGGAGACAGAGCACGAGGAGCAGUUCCAGUACACGCACGUGACCUGCGGCCAGCAGCAGCCGGCGUUCGGGGAAUUUAAAAGGAGCGACAGCAAGCCGUCCCUGUCCAAAUCCGACUAUCUGGACAGCGACGACGCGGACUCCAUCAAGUACACCAACUGCAGCCCUCACAAAGCCUUCACCGGGAAGCUGACUGACGUCUGAGUGCAGCUGGGAAUGACGCAUCCGCUGCGCGCGGAGGGACCCCCUGGGCGCAAACACAUGUGCUCUGGUUUGAGUUUAGACUGGAACUCCUAAUUUUGCCAUCAAAAGGAAUAAUUUCAAGCAGAGGACGGAUAGAAGAUUUCACACGUUUCUCCCUGAAAGUGUCUUCCACGCGUGCCAUGAGUCAGAAAAAGAAAGAGAGAAAAAGCUUAAAAAUUAUGCGCAUAUGUAGCACUUUGUCAUUUAUAAAUCUUAGUAAAACUUUCCAGAUGCAGGUUUAAGGUUUACUUUUGCUUUUCUGUCUGUCCGAAGCAGAAAUUCAACACAGGACCAAAUUCAGACUAAAACAGGAGGCGCGUGUCUGCUAUCAUGCUACACCAGGAUGCAGCUCAGUGGUGGAUCACAGUCACGAGUGACGAGAAUUUCAUUUUAGUUUCAUCUUAUCUGUUAAAACAGGUUUCAGUUCCAUCAGUCUGGCAGACAGAGUGCAGGGCGAGCUGCUCCUCGCGCUGCAGGAGACAACGUUCCAAAUCGGGCCCAGCUUCUCACGAGCCAAUAGUGCCACCGCGUGGAAGAGGGCGCGCCCUGCGUGUUUUCAGCAGAUGCAGUUUCUAUAGCAACCUUCCAGACUUUUCUGAAUUGUCUGCCACAGCAAUGAACGGACGCAAGCUAGAACUGGAGAGGUCACAAAACCACCAUGUUGUGGAAGCCUCCAUGUUGUCUGAUUCCACCAGCUGGAACAUCUCCUCCUCUGACCUGCUUUCCCCUCAAACAACAAUAAAAUCU